AUGCACCGCAACCCCUACCUGAUCUUUCUCGGCGCCACAUUGUUCGAUCUGAUCCUAGCUAUCGUAAUUCUCUCGCUCUUCGCAACCGUAUACCCCGACCGCUUUCGAACCGUGCUUUGGCAAGAAGGUGGCACUAAAGGCUGGAACUCCGACCCUCAUCAACGUGUCUAUGACUAUGCAAAUUAUCGCAAGUCACCGCCGAUACCCUUGAUAUGGGAUGAAAGCUGUACUUUAUGCAACCUAUGCAUCGCAAUCGUAACCCUGUUCAUCUGGCUCGUUCGCUUCUCAAUCAUGUCUUUCAGCAAGCAGGCUCUCGACUUCUACGCUACAAUCACGGUAAAUGCAUUAUAUGACAUCUUGCUUGCAGGACUGUGGAUAUACAGUGCAUGUCUCCAGGACUUGGGCGACUUCUCAGAUCCAAAACACAUUAGUCUACGGCCCUGGUAUUUGGAGCGCGAGUGUUCGGAGGUAUCACCGUCAACUCGAUAUGGGUGCGAGCUCAUGAGAUGUUCGUACGGAAUAUCUGUAUUUGCUGCGUAA